AUGGACAGCGCCAGCGACCCCGAACGGGAUCAGUCCCUCGAAGAUUAUAAAAAGAGCUUGCUUGAGCUACGAGAAUGGGAGACAAAGUUGAGGACCUUGCGCCUGGGGAUUAAAGAUCUCCAACGCGAGUUCGACAUCUCUGAAGAGAACAUCAAGGCACUACAAAGUGUUGGUCAGAUCAUCGGCGAGGUGCUUAAGCAGCUAGAUGAAGAGCGAUUCAUCGUCAAAGCAUCUUCCGGGCCGCGAUACGUUGUCGGCUGUCGCUCGAAGGUCGACAAGGCCAAGAUGAAGCAGGGUACCCGUGUGGCCCUGGAUAUGACAACGCUCACUAUCAUGCGAAUGCUUCCUCGCGAGGUUGACCCCAUGGUUUACAACAUGUCCUUAGAAGAUCCCGGUCAGGUGAACUUUGCUGGAAUUGGUGGUCUCAACGACCAAAUCAGAGAGCUCCGAGAAGUCAUCGAAUUGCCAUUGAAGAACCCAGAACUGUUCCAACGAGUUGGAAUCAAACCUCCUAAGGGUGUUUUGCUCUAUGGUCCUCCCGGUACUGGUAAAACACUGCUUGCCCGAGCAGUGGCCAGCUCCAUUGAAACCAACUUCUUGAAAGUCGUCUCUUCCGCCAUCGUUGAUAAAUAUAUCGGUGAAUCCGCUCGACUGAUUCGAGAGAUGUUCGGUUAUGCUAAAGAACACGAGCCUUGCAUUAUCUUCAUGGACGAAAUUGAUGCCAUCGGAGGUCGUCGAUUUUCGGAAGGUACAUCAGCGGAUCGUGAAAUUCAACGAACACUGAUGGAGCUGCUGAAUCAACUGGAUGGAUUCGACUACUUGGGCAAGACGAAGAUCAUCAUGGCUACCAACCGACCGGAUACUCUUGAUCCGGCUUUACUGCGUGCCGGUCGUUUGGACCGCAAGAUUGAGAUUCCUCUUCCCAAUGAGGUCGGCCGUUUAGAGAUUUUGAAGAUUCAUUCCAGCACAGUUCAACUGGAGGGAGAUAUCGACUUCGAGAGUGUGGUCAAGAUGAGCGAUGGCCUCAACGGUGCCGAUCUGCGUAACGUGGUCACUGAAGCUGGUCUGUUUACCAUCAAGGAUUAUCGUGAUGCCCUGAACCAAGAUGACUUCAACAAGGCAGUACGGAAGGUGGCAGAGGCCAAGAAGUUGGAAGGCAAGCUGGAAUACCAGAAGCUGUAA